GUUAUAACGGAGAAACUCUAACCUAUCCCAGCCAGCAGACAUACAGAAUAUGUGCCGUCAUAACUGACUCUGUGGCGUUGGAUAAAAGCCGUCGGAUAUUGCCAAGCGUUUCUUCUCCAAAAGGGAAUAAAACUAUCCACGCAGGAAUAUUUUCACGCAAGACCUCAUAUGGACUAAAACACAGCAAAUUAAGUGAGAGUGGACACUUGGACAUAUAACCAGGACAUCAAGAGACCAAGACUUCUCUGAGAAAUGUCCAACACAACUGGGCGAGGUCAUGGGGGUCUUAAUCAACUAGGUGGCAUGUUUGUGAAUGGACGCCCGCUCCCGGAGGUCAUCCGGCAGAGGAUCGUGGACAUGGCACACCAGGGAGUGAGACCCUGCGACAUCUCCCGCCAGCUGAGGGUCAGCCACGGCUGCGUCAGCAAGAUCCUGGGCAGGUACUAUGAGACGGGCAGCAUUAAACCAGGAGUCAUCGGGGGCUCCAAGCCGAAAGUUGCGACUCCUAAAGUGGUGGAUAAGAUAGCGGACUACAAGCGGCAGAACCCCACCAUGUUUGCGUGGGAGAUCCGAGACCGGCUGCUGGCCGAAGGCGUUUGUGACGGAGACACUGUACCCAGCGUCAGCUCCAUCAACAGGAUUAUUCGCACAAAAGUUCAACAGCCAUUUAACCUUCCUCUGGACAGCAAAGGCCUCAGUCCUGGACAUACGCUGAUUCCCAGUUCAGCCGUCACUCCUCCAGAAUCUCCUCAGUCGGACUCUCUGGGCUCCACCUACUCCAUCAGUGGCCUGCUGGGAAUCCCACAGACCAGCGCCGAGGGCAAGAGGAGCCACGACGACAGCGAUCAGGAGAGCUGUCGGCACAGCGUGGAUUCUCAGGGCAGCGGCGGCGGGCCCCGGAAACAGUUGAGGGCCGAACACUUCUCAUCCCAGCACCUGGACUGCGGCUUCGAGCGGCACCACUACAGCUCCGACACCUUCGGCCCGACUGCAGCCGGGAAAACAGAGCAGGCGCUCUAUCCUCUCUCGCUCAUCAACGGCAGUCUGGACGAGGGGAAAGGAGCUUCGGCUGUCAGUCGAAACCUGGCGGCCCAUCAGGGAUACACAGUGGUUGCAGAAGCUCUACAGCCCCUCCCACUCUGUCUGAAACAGGAAAUGUCACCCGAGGUGAACAGCUCAAGCUCCUCCCCCAACAUCAUCGCUAACGCAGCUUUCCUGGAGCUCACCUCAUCAUCAGCGCCCAUCACUAACAGUUGCAGCAACGCCACUCAUUUAUCUCAUGGCUUCAACUCAUUUUCCCAUCAUGCCCCAGUGCACGGGCAGUUCAUCGCAGGCAGAGAUGUGGCGAGCUCAAUGCUUCCGGGUUAUCCUCCACACAUUCCCUCGGCCGCACAGACCGGCUUCUCCUCGUCCACCAUCACUGGGAUGGUAGCAGGUCCAGAAUACACGGGCCAGACCUACAGCCACGCGCCCUACACGUCCUACAGCGACGCCUGGAGAUUCACCAACUCCAGCAUAUUAGGUUCCCCGUAUUACUACAGUUCCGCCGCCCGCGCGCCGCCGCCCUCCGCCGCCGCUUACGAUCAUCUCUAGUACCGGAGAACCGGAGAACUUUAUCUUUUUACUGUGGAGCGUCCAGUGAAAGACACAAGGAGUGAAGAAAAACGAAAACCUUUUAUUGCCUGUAAAACUAUUUAUGUACUUUGUUCAUGGCCCGAUUAAAGGCCAUUUACAGCCACACGUUUACAUCUUUAUUUCGUCAGAGCAUUUCUUGCCCGUGUUUUUAUUUCUCUGUAGCCAAAGACAUUCUUGCAAACUGUUUUCAUAUAUUCAUGGCCAGAAACACUCGACAGGACACAAAGGUUGCUUUUAACAGCUGGAACAUCUGAAGUGCUACACGAUUCACAAACACUACCAAACUGACAACUGCAUCCACACAACUGAACAAAUAAACAACAGAAAUUAAAGGAUUCUGUGAGAAGCAUCGCAAGGAAAGGAGUAAAUGGUCAUUUUGCAAACGUGACAUUUUAUUGAGUUUGCAUUCGAGCUGAAUGAAUUGAUCUCGGAUGGGCUUCGCUAUUCAUACAGCAGAUAUUUAAAGGAAAUAGAAAUAACAUGUUAUCUAUAACAAGCGGACAUCUCUGUUCAAUGUGCCGCAUUUCACCAUCGUCCAACAAAUCAAUAAGGACUAUCAAAAACAGCAUAUUCAGUCCCAACCAUUACAGAAGCUUGAUGUUUUGAGGAAAUGUGUAAAUAAUGCAGAGAAGGCAAACCCCUAUUAAAAUGAAAUUCAUUUAUAUUCUACAUGAUUAUUAGGGCUGAACCGUGUGGGGAUUCAUUCGUUUUAAAAUGUUUAUAUUCUCGCUUCUAUUUUUUCCAGCUUAUUAUCAUGCUUAUAUUUCUGUGAUUGAACGAGUUUUGAGUUUCAGAGAUUACGUUUUAUUGUACUGUUAAUUAUAUUAUUCAAAUGUAAAUUAAUAAUUUCUACAGAAUUAUUUUGAAUUAAAUAAAGCAUGACAAACUACAA